AAGCGAAAAUCGGGUUUUCGGGCGUGGUAUCACAAGACGGCCUCUUAGCUUUGAUUGAUCGGAGGUUGAAGCCGUCGGUUGGUGCAGGAUGUUCAAGAACACUUUCCAGUCCGGUUUUCUAUCCAUUUUGUACAGCCUCGGGAGCAAGCCUUUGCAGAUAUGGGAUAAAGAAGUUUCCAAUGGCCAUGUUAAACGCCUGCAAGAUGAUGACAUACAAUCCAAUGUCCUUGAAAUUGUUGGAUCAAAUGUCCAAUCAACCUUCAUUACAUGCCCUGCAGAUCCAAAUGCAACUCUUGGUAUAAAGCUGCCUUUCUUAGUUGUGAUUGCGAAAAAUGUGAGCAAGUACUUCACAUUUGAGAUUCAGGUGCUGGAUGAUAAAAAUGUCCGGAGACGAUUUCGAGCUUCUAAUUUUCAAGCUGUGACCCGAGUGAAGCCAUACAUAUGCACUAUGCCCUUGAGGUUGGAUGAUGGAUGGAAUCAAAUUCAACUAAACCUUACUGAUUUGACUCGUCGAGCAUACGGGACCAACUAUGUAGAAACCUUGCGAGUUCAGGUGCACGCCAAUUGCCGCCUCAGGAGGAUCUACUUCUCAGAUCGCCUGUAUUCAGAAGAGGAGCUCCCGCCAGAAUUCAAGCUUUACCUCCCAAUGCAGCAGAGGCCCUGAGAGGAUCUUUUUCUGAAAGAGCAUGAGAGAGAUACAGGUGUUUACAAAUGAUCAAUCCUUUUGUAGUUCCAAGUUGCUGCUGAUGUGUCAUGCAGUCUUGUUCAAGUUCAUCUCUUCUGCAACAUUUACCAAGUCUGUAUAGCUGUUUAGGGGAAAGCUAUCUGAGAUUGAAACAUUGCUUCAAGUGUUAAGUUUACAUGAACCUAGUUAACUUUUAUACAUGUUUUUUUUGCACAAAUUAUUUAUAAACAACAUUUUUUUCACUACUUUGAACAGGGACCUUUAG